AUGCCGCCUGCAUCAGCGGUUAAACCCGGAGUUAUAAAGGAUCCAGCGAUAGCUGCCCUUUUCACUAAUAAGGAUCCAGAGUCACGGUAUGAUGACUUGCGAGAAAUUGGCCAUGGGUCGUUUGGCGCAGUUUAUUUUGCAUUUGAUAAGGAUCGGAAUGAAGCUGUAGCUAUUAAGAAAAUGUCUUAUACGGGUAAACAAGCUUCAGAAAAGUGGACUGAUAUACUAAAAGAGGUUUCAUUCCUCCAUAAAAUUCAUCAUAAACAUAUAGUAGAGUAUCGUGGUUGCUUUCUUAAGGAUCAGACAUGUUGGCUUAUUAUGGAAUAUUGUAUUGGUUCUGCCGCCGACAUCGUAGAUGUUCUUCGUAAGGGUCUACGAGAGAAUGAAAUCGCUGUUAUUUGUAGUCAAACUUUGGAUGCUUUAAAUUAUCUUCAUAACAUGAAACGGAUACAUCGAGAUAUAAAAGCCGGCAACAUACUCCUGUCAGACCAUGGGAUUGUGAAAUUAGCUGACUUUGGUUCGGCUUCGUUGACAGAUCCUGCUAGAACUUUCAUCGGAACUCCCUUCUUCAUGGCUCCUGAAGUCAUUUUGGCUAUGGAUGAUGGGUCUUAUACGGAAAAAGCCGAUAUUUGGUCAUUAGGUAUUACCUGUAUAGAAUUAGCUGAACGGAGACCUCCGCUUUUCAAUAUGAAUACCAUGUCCGCCCUCUACCACAUUGCGCAGAAUGAGCCUCCUACUCUGGCUCCUGUACAAGAUACUCAAGCACCUUGGUCUUCCACUUUCAUGGAUUUCAUUGCUAAAUGCCUACGGAAAGAUCCCGAAGAAAGAUCAUCAACCGACUCUUGUAUUCAGCAUAGUUUCAUAACCUCUGCAAGAGGUAAGGACACAAUUUCGGAGCUCAUAUCCCGAACAAAAUCUGUGGUUCUCGAAUUGGACAACUUCCAAUAUAAAAAGAUGCGAAAACUAAUUUAUCUAGAUGAGGCAGAAGGGCGCGAUAUUGAAAACACAGGAACUCAUGAUUCCGAUGAUAUCGACGAUAUCCCUAGCAACGUAGAUUCUUUAUCCGUAGAUAGAACUGGUGGUUCAACAAGCUCGAGGAGUGUGUCGAUAAAAAGUUUGACGUCUUUCCAAUCAUUACAAAGUAGUAGCGGUCCCGGAGGCAAUAGGAGACCUCCUAUUCCAACGAGUAUGAGACAAGAUAGUCAUGACAACGAGAAUAAGACGACUAUACCUAUAGGAGAUAUUUCAUUAGAAAGUUCUGAACGGGAAGGCGAUUGUGCUCGAUCAGCUUCUCCACUUCCUGUUGUUAAAGAAAGAAACAUUAAAGAUGACAUGAUGACUUUACGAAAUUCUAAAUUCUCAACCCUCCGAUCGGCCAAGCUCAUUUCUCGAGAGCAGGAAGAGUACGCUAAGGAAAACAACAUGUAUGAACAAAUGAGUGGAUACAAGCGGUUGAGGCAAACUCAUCAUAAAGAACUUCAACAGUUCGAAGAAAAAUGCUCCACCGAAGUUGAAGCUUUGAAAGCACGUCUCGAUAAAGAACUUGAUCAAUUAUUGAUUAGCUAUGGCAAAGAAAGGCAGCGUGUGAAAGUCUUACAUCAGUCUGAAAUAGAAAAAAGGAGGAAAGAAAUAGAUGAAGGUGCCAAGAAGUUAAGGAAGCAAGUUGUGGCUCGACAACAUCGUGAAAUGUCGGCUUUCUGUGCUAUGCAGCUGAAGGAAUACAAACACAACAAGGAACUAGCUAAGAUAAGCUUAAAAGAUAGAGGACUCUCGCGUGUUGCUUAUGAACAAGCUGUAAAGGAGACGAAGCUUAAUCUAACUAGGAAUAAACAAAGUGCCGAAGCUGGCUUUGAAAACAAAUUAAGAAGCGAACUUGAUAGCGAGAUGAUUAAGUAUCAUAAAGCUCAGUUGAUUCGCCUACAAACUUUGGAAGAGAAGCUUGAUGAUGAGGAAUUGAAUGUGCAGGAAAAACAAAUGGAAAACAAGCAAUCCAUGUUGUUGAAGCAUCAUGAAGCAACAAAGGAAACUGAAAUUCUUCAUCAACGCGAGCUUCAUUCCCUUAAACGAAGACAUCAGGAAGUGCAACACGAUGCUGAAUCGGCUAAUCAAGCAGAAUACACUCGUCGUUUAACCGAAGAUCUGAGAAAGAAACAUGCCAUGCAGAGUAGACAACAACCAAGAGAACUCAAGCUCAAAGAAGCCCAAAUUCGCAAACAAUAUCGGCAGGCUGUGAAAACCCAGACGAGACAAUUCAAACUUUGGCAAAACCAACUUUUCCAAUCCAUUCCGAAAGAUGAGCAGAAGGAUUUCGCGAAUCGCUUGAAAGAGGAGCAAAAACGUAAAAUUGCUCUGGUGGCUUCUCAAUAUGAAAGCCAAAUUGAGAAUAUGGUGCAGGAAAAAACUGUGAAAUUAGAAUCUUGGCAAGAGGACGAAGCCCGUCAUCUGUCGGAGCGUUUAGCUAAAGAAUUGGAUGAUUUGAAGUCUUAUCAAGUUCUUCAGAAGCAGCAGUUGGAUGCUUCAAUAGCAAAGGAAAAAAGCACCCUGUCCGAAAGGAUUGCAUUACGGUUGGCAGUUCUCAACCAGCGUUUUGACGAGGAGAAAAGUGAACUAUCCCAUAUCCGUCAUUCUCGCAAAGCAGCUUUAGCGGAGAGACAUGAAAGAGAACGGCGUCAUCUGGAAGAUAAAGCUGAAUCUAUAACAACAGCUCUUUAA